AUGGUCCGUCUAUCGCUACGCUCGGUAGGCCUUCUCGCCUUACUCUACUCCGCUUCGAGCGCCGUCGCCGCUCCUGCUGCCGAGUCCUCGUCUUAUCCCGUCGUUGACAUUGACGGUGGUGAUACUAGCGCAUCCUGCAGUCAAGAAACCGUGACCUUGACCGUCACCGACCAGCCCACCAUCACAGAGACCGUAUACGCCACGGAUGUGUCCACCGCUGCCGUCACAGAGACUGUCACUGCAAAGACUACCGCCUACGAGACGAUCUACUCUACCCUCACCGUCAGCAAUACCGACACUGCUCUGACCGUGAGCAGCGCCGCAACGCCUACUUAUGUCACCGUGACCGAGACUGCCACCGUCACUCCUACCUUGACUGCUACCGACAUUGAGACAAAGACAUCAGUGAUCAAGGUCUAUCAGACUUCUACGCUUGUUGAGACCUCGACUAGCUACGAAACCUCAACUGUCGUCGCCGGUCAGACUGCUUCCGACGAACCCACAUACGUUACUGUCGAGGUAACCAAGACUGUUACUCCCACCGACACCGUCACCGUCGUCAACACCGCUACAUCCGUUGCUUCUGUUUACGAGACUAUCACGCGUUACCAGACGCUUACCGCCUACGAGACCUCGACCAAGACCGAGGGCAGCACUGCUUCGGCCUCUGCGGUCUCCUCUUCGGAGCCAGUCACUUACGUCACUGUCACCGCUUACACCACCGUGUCCCCCACUGAUGUUGUCACGGUCACAAACACCGCUUCGUCGGUUAUCUACCGUGACUCGACUAAGACUGUCGUCAGCACUGCUACUAAGACGUCUUACGUGACAAUUCCCACUGUCACUUCGACGUCCUCUGGAAGCUCAAGCGCUGGCUCAUCUUCCGGAAGCGCAGGAUCUACUUCAUCGUCCGCAUCCAGCAGUGAUACCAUUCAGUACGUCACCGUGACACAGCUCUCGACCUUGAGCCCAACCGCGACUGUCACCGUCUCGAACACUGAGUACACGACCUACCUGGUCAGCCAGUCUUCCACCUUGACCAAGACCGCGACCGCUAGCUCAACCGUGACGAUCCCGGUGACUGCUUCCUCCAGCUCCGAGGCCAUCACCUAUGUCACUGUCACCGCUUACACUACGGUUGCCCCGACCGGCACUGUUGAUGUUACAAACACCCUGACGUCAACUGCUACCGUCUCCAAGACAUCAUCCGUCAGCGAGACCGUGACCGAGUCUGAUCAGGUAUCAAAGACCGUGACCGCGACGCCUUCUUCGUCGAUCAGCGAAGACUACGUUACUAAGACUAUCACGGAGAGCGGAAGCAUCUACACCGUCAUUGUCUCCGGCACAAAGACCGUGACCGGUUACGAGACGCUGUACUCGACUGCUACCUCGACCUCGACCGUCACCAACCUUUCCACCACCUACACGACCGCCUACACGACACCGAUCGCUCUGACGACCUCAACCUCAACAAGGACACCGGCCGCGACUACAAUCACCUUGACUGAAAGCAGCGCCGAGGCUUCGUCCACGUCUUCUUCAAAGUCGUCGUCGCAGAGCAUUCCUGUUCUAACCCCUCACUGGAGCAACACCACGAUGACUACGAGAACCAGAACAGCUUCGUCGAGCUAA